AUGCGCAUCGUACGAUCGCUACGCUGCCGUCAUGUAAAGUUCGUGGUAAGACCCACACCGUAUGUACAAGUACUGCUCAAGAUUGCUGUAGGAUUAUUCCCUUCAGCUGGUUUGCGAAGAUAUGAAGUUUUUCCGAAUUACAUCUGUUUGCACCUAAUGCUGUUGCGACAGAGGUGGUUUGCUAUAGGUAUAGGGAAUCAGCAAUCACAUCCCGUCUAA